CCGCCCCGCUCCGCCCCCCCGGGAGAAGUCCCAAGACCGACGCCGGCGGCCGCAGCGGAGCGGCGGGAGGGAGCGAGGCGGGAGCGUGGCCGAGCCCCGGUGCAGCAUGACUGCCAUCACCGUGCAGACCCAGAGGCUGCUGGGCCAAAGGAGGCCCCAUCGGUCCUUCUCUGAAUCCUUCAUCCGAACCCUCAUCAUCGUGUGUGCUGCGCUGGCUGUGGUCCUCUCCUCUGUCUCCAUCUGUGAUGGCCACUGGCUCCUGGCUGAGGACCGCCUCUUUGGGCUGUGGCACUUCUGUACCACCUCCAACCAGACUGGGCCACAUUGCCUCAGAGACCUGAGGCAAGCCCAUGUGCCGGGGCUGGCAGUGGGCAUGGUCCUGGUCCGCAGCGGGGGUGCCUUGGCCGUGGUGGUCGCCAUUUUUGGCCUGGAGCUCCUCAUGGUAUCCCAGGUGUGUGAGGACCUCCACUCACGGCGCAAGUGGGUCCUGGGCUCCAUCUUCCUCCUCAUCUCAUUCGUCCUAUCCUCCAUGGGCCUUUUGGCCUUUGUGAUCCUCCUCCGGAAUCAGGUCACGCUCAUCGGCUUCACCCUGAUGUUCUGGUGCCAGUUCACUGCCUCCUUCCUCUUUUUCUUGAACGCCACCAGUGGCCUUCACAUCAACAGCAUCACCCAUCCCUGGGGCCAACCAAGGAAAUUUUAGCCCCUCCCCAACUUCCCACCCCUCACCCCCAAGGAUGUAUGGUUCGACAAGAAAGUGUGGUCAAGAUGGGACUUUUCCAACCUGUGACCUUUGGUGGGCAUAACGGUGGGACAAUGACCUUGAAACUGCUGCCUCUUGGCCAACAAUCUGGGUGGUUGGCCAGAAACGACCCAGGGGCCUUUGCAGCUGGUCUGCAGGGCCAGAGGCCAGGAGGGUGCCUCAGUACAAGGAGCUGCGCAGGCUUAGCCAUUAUUAGGAUGUAGAAGAACACAUUUGAAAAUGCUGUCUUGAAUCCUUCCUGGACAGGAAUAGAUUUGGAAGCAGCUCUGGGGACUGGUACCUGCGCUAGCUGUACAGCCAUGUGCUGUUCACACCUGUUUUAUGGCUCUGUGCUGGGAUAUGAGCUGUGGGGUCUUUAGGGCCUGCUGGGGUUGCUAAGAGUGGAUCUUUCUUCCAGCUAAGUGUGUCCAAUCAGGGUCUAGGACUUCCACCCGCUCAAAGGGCCUGUCCGCACAUUUCCCUGCUUUAGCUUUGGUCAUGCCAGGGAGGCAAAGGUCAGGAUUCUCUCAGAAUUUCUUGCACAUAGUAGGUUUUCAAACCAUUUGACUUGAUUCAAUUCCUGGAACCCCAUAAUCCCUGGGUAACUCUAGCUUCCAGCAACUGGCUAUCCCAUCUUUGAGAAGAGUUAUUGAGGAAGCCUUCCAGGAAGGUCCACCUGACUUCUAAUGCACAGCCCUCCCUGAGAUGAGUGUGCGUGUCCAUCUUUGAUGAGGAUCAGAUGGCCUUAGGGUACCAUUUUUGAUCCUAGAACACAUUUCAAAGAGCACAUGUCUGGAUCUGUGGACCUGGGGUAAUGAUUAAUAACCAUCCUGGGGAAAAGUGCCGGUGAAGGGGACCAGGAAUCAGUGAUUUCCAUCCUUGCCAGAAGAUCAGGGUUUUUGUGCACUAACUUGCCCCAUUUCCAGUCCCUUUUUUUCUCUCAGCCCAUUUCAUUCUAUACUAGCCCCUUCCUGCUCCCCCACCUGAUGAAUUCGGGUCUUCCCUGAUUCAUUCUGGCUGCCACUGAUUGCAUGAGUUUUUGGUCUCUGCCCUGCUCUUGUCACAGCAGGCCCCCACUUCUGAGCUGGGCUGGGUGCCUAUACCUACCUCUUGUGAUUUUUUAAAAAACUUCUAUUCCAAAA